UCAGUCGUCUCCCAGCCUCCACGCGAGUUUCCUAGUUUGUUAUCUUCGUUCAGAAAUCCAACCAUUUUUUUUAAUCUUCUUAGCCGCGCCACCGUUGUAACCGAAUCUAUAGCUCGGUCGAUGCUCUCGUGAGCAUUGAUUUCUCAUUCAAAUACAACGAGCGCAAAUAUGUCUGCACUCAUGAGUAAGCGCCAGCAGGCACGAAAUGAGAAGGCCUUGCAAGAUCUUGUACAUAAUGUUCCAGGAAAUAAUUUUUGCGCCGAUUGUCAAGCAAGAAAUCCAUCUUGGGCAUCAUGGAAUUUAGGUGUUUUUCUCUGCAUGCGAUGCGCCGCCAUUCAUCGCAAGUUGGGCACGCAUAUCUCCAAGGUUAAAUCGCUCAGCAUGGAUAGCUGGUCAAACGACCAAGUCGAAACUAUGAAGCGAAUGGGAAACGACGCGUCGAAUAAGAUUUACAAUCCUCAGAAUAAGAAACCUCCGGUACCGAUCGACGCCGACGAAGCUGAUUCCGCCAUGGAACGAUUCAUUAGGGCUAAGUACGUGCAGAAGGCCGUAAACGGUACGAAAAAGCAUAAUACGGGAAGUUCAGAUGAAGGUACUCCGCCGCCGCUACCACCCAAGACCGGCAGCCGUUUCUUCUCCUUUCGAUCUAAGAAGGAAACGCGUCCACGAGAGAGUGUUUUUGGCGUCCACGAUCCUCCACGGAGUCCUGACCAGUCGCGCAAUAAGACACCUAACACAUUUGGGGCCAGCGUGCAUCAAGAUACGGUGGAAGAUACGGCGCAGAAGUUAACACAGCUCAGGGAUAUGGGGUUCAUGGACGACAAACGCAACGCUAUGGUUUUAAAGGGUGUUAAUGGUAACAUCGAGAAGACUAUAGAGGCAUUAGUGCGGUUAGGAGAGGGUGGAGGAGGUCCUCCUUUAUCUCUGCCAAGUCGUGACAGUUCUCGACCUCCUCCGACCUCGAGAUCGCUAACACCUCAACCAUUGACGCCGAGAACUGCGCCCACGAUUGGAUUAUCGAGGUCUAGUCCGCAGACUGCGCCGAGUCCAGCAAGCCCCGCGUCAAACAACCCUUGGGACAUACAGCCAGCUCAACCUCAGUCGUCGCAGUCGACAGGAACUCUACAGAAUAGGAACCCUUUUUAUUCCUCGAAUCCAUUUGAUAUGCCAAGUCAGCAGCCCGAUUUUAACUUGAAUCAGAGCAUGCAGAACUUAUCUAUAGCACCGGCUCCUCAGCAAGCACUCUUCCCGCACCAUACGGGGGGAUUGCCGACUCAUCAGCCCCUGUCUCAGCCUUUCUAUUCGCAACCGAUGACAGCUCCAAUCCAGCAAACACCAGGUUUUAUGCAGCCCUCUUUCACCAGUAGCCAGACGUUUCCUCAACUGCCUUCGCAGCAAACGCAAAGCUACAACCCGUUCCUACAAGCUCCCGCAAAUCUGCAGCCUUCCCUUUCCUUAAAUACUACUUCUCCGUUCCAAAACCAAGGAUCUCUUACGAAUAACCCUUUCACUAGAUCGCCUACUAAGAUCGCGUCACCAACUCUGAAUCAAAUACCUGAGCAGUCGCAGCAGAAUUUCUACAAUGCAUCCCACUCUGCGUAUGCAAGUAACGCCAAUAACGCCAGCAACCCCUUCUUUACGACGAGCCGGCCUGUAAGCCAGCCUACACAAGCCCCCGCACCAGUCAUGAUGUCUCAGCCAGCCCAACAAGCGUGGUACGAGCCGCAACCCCUUGCACAAGUGGCAAGCCAGCCGGUGUACCAACAGCAGCAGCAGCAAUUGCCCCCAAGGCCUAACACUGCUUCAAUUCUAGCUCUAUAUAACUACCCUCAGUUAGCCCCGGCUCGUCCGCAAGCUCAAGAUCAAAGCACGCCUGGCACGCAGGUAAACCAAACAGCCCCUACACCAACACAACCACAACAGCCACAUCAGGCACAGACACAACAGAACACAGCACCUCAGUCAGGAAGUAAGAACCCUUUUAUGCACAGUGCGGCAGCAACCCCUGUCCCAAAUACAAAUGGAGCUCCGUCCCCGUUCGCGGUACCCAGCAAUCCUAAUUCAGCUUCUUCUGGUGCAAGGAGCCGGGAGAGCAUGACGCUUGGAAUGGAAAUGGCUUGGAAUAAUGGUCGACAUAGCCCAGACGCAUUCGCUAGCCUAAGCGCGCGGAGCGGUUAGUUUAGAUGGGGUGCACAUAAGUGUAUAUAAAAAGUAAUAAUCACAAGGUGUAUUAUAUUAAUGAUGAGAAUUUA